AUGAACUUCAAUACCCGCUAUCUGGAUGACAGUGAGAUCGAAUCUUUCGUGAAGGAGUUGGACAAGAAUGGCGACGGAUUUAUCGACUAUGGCGAAGUAGAGCACAGGCUGGAUCUCGUGCACGACGAGAUCGCUCCUCGCGCACAGCCGCAUCACUUGCACCAUGACAGCAGGGACGACGAGGCUCGACACCAUUUCCUGCGCAGCAUCAUCGGGUCAGAUGCCCAGCGCAUCCCACGGUCUGAGUUCGUGGCGCGGGUGCGGGAGUGGAAGAUCCCCUCCCUGAAGCAGGACGCAGAGGAUCAGCACCGGGAAGACGAGCUGCUCCGGUCGAUGAGCAUCUGGCGCCGCGUCCGCGCCUACUGGGCCGUCCGGGGCCCGGAUAUCAUGUUCAUAGCCCUGGUGGUAAGCCUGCAACUUGCCUUUGGGAUCUGGCAGCUUGUCAAGUACGUCACCGGUACUCAGUACCGUGCAGCGUUCGGCUGGGGUGUCGUUCUGGCCAAGACCUGUGCUGGGGCGCUCUACCCAACCAUUUUCUUCCUGCUUCUCAGCAUGUCCAGAUACUUUUCGACCUUCAUGAGGCGCUCGUACCGCAUCUCACGAUUUAUCAACUUUGACCUGUCACAGAAGUUUCAUAUUCGGAUUUCAAUAGUUGCCAUCGUUUUAGCAACCUUGCACGCUAUAGGCCAUCUCGGAGGCUCAUUCGUAUGGGGUAGCAGGCCGGAGAAUGAGGACGCUGUAGCCAAUGUGAUAGGCCCUGACAUGGUCCCUCGUCCAUACCGGGACUAUGUCGCAUCGCUCCCGGGCUCUACAGGUAUUGUUGCUCUGGGUCUCUUCUACACCUUGUCACUACUCAGCAUUCCUCAUGUUAGGAAAUGGAAUUACGAAGUUUUUCAGCUGGGCCAUCUCCUCAUGUACCCGAUUAUCGGACUGCUGGCGGCCCAUGGAACAGCAGCACUGCUGCAGUGGCCAAUGCUUGGAUACUUUCUUGCCUUUCCAACAUUGCUCAUUCUGGUUGAGAGAGUCACUCGUGUAACACUUGGGUUUCAUCGCAUACCAGCGACAUUAUCAAUACUAGAUGACCAAACUCUUGAGAUCAAGGCGACAAUCCCCAGCGAGAGGAUUUGGAAGUACGAAGCCGGGCAAUACGUGUUCCUGCAGGUUCCGAGUAUAAGCUUUUUCCAAUGGCAUCCAUUUACCGUGUCUGGGUGCGUCGGAAGAGAGAUGUGGUUGCAUAUCAAGGUCGAGGGCAGCUGGACAUCGAGGCUGAAAACCUUGGGACGUGAGAAUGCGACGGCACAGAUUGAUAUCGGAAUCAAUGGGCCAUUUGGCGCACCAGCCCAGCGCUUUUCUGAUUUCGAUCAUACCAUAAUCGUUGGAGCCGGAAUCGGAGUCACGCCUUUCUCUGGAAUUCUGAUGGACCUCCAGGCGAAAGAAGAUAGGCUUCACGGCGGCCCCGAUUCGUCCAGCGGGAUUGCGACUGGCCCUGGUGAGAGGAAGAUAUCCAUGGGAGCUGGAACCACCCAGGACGGAAAUACGGCUCUACAAGAUUCAGCCCGUUCUGAUAGCUCCACCUCAGACCCGUCAACCAUGCGUAACCUGCAGACCCAAGCCUCGUCUAAUGACCCUUUGGCCCUUCCCUCAGACUAUCGCCGCGUUGACUUCCACUGGAUGGUACGCUCCCGCAACUAUCUACUGUGGUUUUCUGAAUUGCUGAAUGCGGUCUCCCGAUCCCAAGCACGGCACCAACAGGAGGACGCAGACUGCCACCUGGCCAUCAACAUCUACACCCACGUGACGCAGAAGCGGAAGAACAUCGCUACCCAUGUGUACCGAUGGCUGCUGGAGAUGCACCGCACGCCCGAACACCCAGAGUCGCCGCUGACGGGGUUGAUGAACGCUACACACUUCGGGCGCCCCGACUUCGAGGUUAUCCUGGACCAACAUUACGAGGAAAUGAAGGGCUUGAAGGCCGCGAGGGCCAUGGAUUCGGAAAAGGGGGAGGGAGUGCGGAGCAAAGCACUGAAAGUAGGCGUUUUCUUCUGUGGAGCUCCGGUCGUGGGUGAGAUCCUGGCGGAUCGGUGCCGGAUGCUGUCAGCCAGGGGACGAGCGGAUGGCACCAAGAUUGAGUAUCAUUUCAUGAUUGAGGUUUUUGGGUAG